AUGAAAGAAGAAAAUGACACCUCUAAGACCUCUAUGACUCCUUACAGUAGCAUAGCCAAUGACAAUGGUGGGGAUAUCUGGAAGCAGCAAAGAGAAAUUGGGCAGCUAAUUUUAUUGAAGGGCGAGAAAGAAAAGAAAACAGUGGAGAGCCAGGUUGAAGAGGAAGGCCCUCGGCUGGUGGAGACUUUUGCCCGUGUAAAUGGGCAGCCGUUUGACCCUUUGAACGCCAUCACCGCUUCCCUUUGCAAAAUGGUCUGGACUGUGAGUUUUGGCAACCGAUCCCCUCUUGAAGACAAAGACAGCCAACAAGUGACGGACGCCCUUGAAUCUGCUGUAAAAUCUGGAGGGAGCUUUGCUUAUGUUUUACAUAAAGAGUUCUCGUGGCUCAUGAAAUAUUUCCCAGGGCCACACAAAAAUGCCCUGUCUAGCAAGGAGCUGGUGCUUUCCUUUAUAAAGAAGGCAAUGCAGAAACAUAAAGAAGCACAGGCAGUGAAGGAGCCACAGGAUUUCACUGAUUUCUAUCUGUUACAAAUGGAGAAAAAACAGAACAAAGGUGGCCAGAAUUCUGCCUAUAAUGAAGAGAACCUGGCUGAAUGCAUUUUCAACUUCCUUAUCUCGGGUGCAGAAUCAACUGCAAUCACUCUGCAGUGGGCACUGCUGCUGAUGGCAUCUCAUCCAGAUGUUCAAGAUAAAGUCCAUAAGGAGAUAGAAAAGGUUUUGGGUUCUUCAAAUGCAGUUGGCCAUCAAGAUUGGAAGAAAUUACCUUAUACCAGCGCUGUGAUUUACGAGAUUCAGCGAACCAAACAUGCCUUCUUAUUCAGAAUUAUCAAACAAUGUGCAAAGAAUGUGAAUAUCUUUGGUUUUCUUGCUCCCAAGGGAACUUUUAUUAACCCAGAUCUGAAUUCAGUAUUACUUGAUCCCGAACGAUGGGAGACACCUGAAAAAUUCAACCCAAGUCAUUUUUUGGACAAGGAUGGACAAUUUGUUGACAAAAAACAAUAUCAACUCCUUGCUGGUGGUAAAUAUAAAAGUGAUAAAUUAUCAAGAGCUGAGCUCUUUAUCUUCUUUAUAAACCUGCUCAAGGCAUUCGUCUUCCAGUUACCAAAAGGAGAGAAAAAAACCAGUGAAAAACCUAAAAUUGGGUUGACAACAUAUCCUCAUUCUUACGAAAUCUGUGCUGUUCCUCACCGCAAGACAUCAUAA